GCGUGGGUAGAGGACAUCACAGACUGGGCUCUUUUUCUCUCUCUAUCGUUCAUGGAAUAAAAAAAAUGUUUAGAGUUUUUUUCGUUUUUUUACCCGGAUGAAAACUCUUAACUGGAGUUUAAAUGAAGUGUUUUAACCCAAAUUUCUCGUGUUAGGACAGCACACUGGCUUCCAGCUGAGGAGUAAACAUGAAAAGUUUACUCUUUGUCACCUUGUGUCUGUCAACCUGUCCGCUCACGGUUGACGGCCGACAUCCAACCUGUAACUUCCUGCUGGAGGUGGAGAGAGACCAGGCCGAGUGCAUAAAGAAGCUGAGGGAGAAGGAGGCCAACAGCAGCUAUAAAGGCCCAGGAUGCAAAGGAGAUUGGGACAGCAUAGCGUGCUGGGAGCGAGCUGGGUUUGGAGAGACCGUGACCAUCCCCUGCCCUCGAGUCCUCAGGACUGUGUUUGGCAGAGAAGGUAACAUUAGCAGAAACUGUACAACAGCUGGAUGGUCUGAUGUUUUCCCAAACAUAACCAGUGUGUGUGGGGCAGACACGAGCCAGGAUAAGCUGGUCUUCUACUUGGUCGUGCAGACGUUGUACACUCUGGGUCACAGUCUGUCUUUAAUCGCCCUCACUACAGGGUGCGCUAUCCUCUGCCUAUUCAGGAAGCUCCACUGCACCAGAAACUACAUCCACCUCAACCUCUUCUUCUCCUUUAUUCUGAGAGCCGUGGCCGUGUUGGUGAAAGACGACAUCCUCUUCAACCGAAACUCGCACUGCUCAAACCAGCCAUCACUGGUGGGAUGUAAAGCCAGCCUGGUGUUUUUCCAGUAUUUCAUUAUGGCCAACUUCUUCUGGCUGCUGGUGGAGGGUUUGUACCUCCACACUCUGCUGGUUGUCAUUUUCUCGGAAAAUCGACACUUUAUUGUCUACAUGUUCAUCGGCUGGGGAAUCCCCACUGUGUUUGUGUCUGCGUGGGUGAUAACGAGGAUUUAUCUGGAAGACACGGGGUGCUGGGAAACAAAUGACAACCCCAUACCCAACUGGGUGAUCAACGGACCAAUUGGAUUCUCCAUUAUGGUAAACUUCAUUCAGUUCAUCUGCAUCAUUCGGAUCUUGGUUCAGAAGCUGAGGUGUCCUGACGUGGGCGGCAAUGACCAAUCACAGUACAGGAGGCUGGCCAAAUCUACACUCCUGCUGAUUCCCUUGUUUGGCAUCCACUAUGUGGUCUUCGUGACUCUCAGUGAAUCCAUCGCAGAAGAUUAUAAAAUAUUUUUUGACCUGGCUCUUGGAUCUUUUCAGGGUCUGGUCGUGGCCAUUCUCUACUGUUUCCUGAACAGUGAGGUUCAAGGUGAGCUAAAAAGAAAAUGGCGGAGCAUGUGUCUGAACUGUCGCCUGAGCAGGAAUCGCCACAACAACACCUCCAGAAACGGUUCACAGCACAUGGUGCAGUUUCACAGCAACUCCCGAACCCAGUCCAUUCUGCAGACAGAGACCUCGGUGCUGAGAGAACACGAGGGGCUUUGACAUGCAAACAAACACUACAAAAACACAAAACAAAUGCAGUCUUCAAGUUGACCUGGGUCGAAUAGUUUUUACAAAGUUAUUAGAAACAUACAAAAAAAGAGGAAAAAGUAGUACUUUGAGAUGAAGUACCACAUGGGUGGGACCUGCACAUCAUUGUAGUGCAGAUUUUGGUUUUAGCUUUACAAACCUCUGCAAGCCUUCAAGUUUCUCAUUAGUGGAUCAAAAGCUUUUCAGAUCUGUCCUGUGAGGUUUACUGUGUUUGCUGCUAAGAGCCAUUUUUUUUUUUUUUUUUUAGUUUUUAUGCUGUGAUGUCAGCUGCGUGAGCAGAGAAAAACAUGUGCAACGUCCUGUUUAUGCUGUUUUACCUGGAGCUUUGUGCAUUGAUGAGAUAUAAAAUGUGUAUACUUGAAUGUUGCAUGCAUCAAAAUCAAUAUUUUUGAACAAACAUAUACGUGUAAUAGAAACAGCCGGAUCUAGGUGCUGCAGGCUUUAAAUUGGCACUUGCAAAAAAUACAAAAAAAAUAAAAAAUAAUAAUUUUUGCCGUCUUUAACAGAAAGGAUAACAGGUGACUGUUUCAGUAUACAAACCUUUAUAUAACUGUUGCCUGCUGUGUGAUUUAACACCGCUGGUAAUACUGUGCUGCAGUCUUAAGGCUGUCAUUUUGGAGCCAUACUGCUGUAAAAUAUAAUACAUUGGCUAUGGGAAACCUUGCAAUACUUUUGUGUUUGGUACUGACCAGAAAUUCAUGGUAGCCGUGUCAGCAUUUAGUUUCCAGAACGUGCAUGCUGUAUGCAAUAACACAGCAAAGUGACAGUCCUGUCAUUAAAACCUGCAAAACUGCAAAUAUCUUAGUUCUUUCCUCUUAUAUGUUUUCCAUCCUUUUCCAUGUGCUCCUGUGUUCUCCCAGCCUGUGUCUGUCUCCCAGCAGGUGUCUGUGUGAGUUUGUUCCUCACCCUGUUGCAGUUUAAUCCCUGCUUUGAAAGAAUGUUCUUAAUGUGGUUGAUUUUAAUUCCAAUCUUUUUUAAUUUCCUGUUCUCAUUAUUGUCUUGAUUGAGUCCAUCUGUUCCCUCUCCAUGGUGUUUGUCUUAGAAAAAUAGAGUCUUAUCCUCCAAAUGUUCUCCUGUUGUUUGGUGCUCCUGGCUGGCUGUCACUCUGUAAAGCACCUUAAGUUAUCAAACUCCUGAUUAAAGUCUUUUGUGUUUGACCACCCUCCUGCCAGUUGCUGUUGUGUUUGCAUAUUGGGAAUAUUUCCAAAAUCAGUGAGAAAUGCUUGCGUCCAAACCCAACUUUAACACAGUAUUUGCUUCCAGUACCAAAUCAUUGUUGUUGCUUUUUUACCACAGCUGUCUCCAAACCCAGAUUUGAACAUAUGUUAUCCCUUUUGGAGAACAUGGCUAACAAAUUUAUUAUCAUUUAAAUAGAAAGACUUGGUUAGGUAAAAAAAAAAAUUAAAAAAAAAUCAAGUUGUAAAAAAUUGAUUUGCAAAUAUUUUUUUACCCAUUAGGUUUUCCUUAUAGUGUCUCUAGCUGUUCUUUUAAAAAGCUUCUCCUGUAUUUUUUUCAAACCAUUUCACAUGAAGGUCAGAUUUGAUGAUAGAUUUUUUACAAAUAUGCAGGGAAAGGUGACAACUUGUCACUUCAGUGAAUCAUUUACUGGUCCACAGUGGCCACACCCACCCAUUUGAUACUUAAAAUUAUUGGUAAGAAUAAGUCCAAAAAGCAUUUUGACCCAGGUCAGCACAUGAGCUCAGUGUUUCUGGGCUUAUGGUUAAGAAAACAAAACCACUGGUAAACACAGGGUUGUUUUGUACCAAUUUUAAAUCCAAACUGUUCCCCAAAACACUGUCAUUUCUGAUGCACAGUCAACAACCUGCUGUCACUGAGGAGUCCUGAGCAUGCUCCAAACUCUUCAUCCAUGCUCUGAUGGUUUUGACACAGUGCUCGGUGACCUGCUCUAAACACACAACGCAGACGAGCACUUUAAAGAUGUCAUUUAAUUAACAGGCGAUCUCAAGAUGUACGUGAGAGCCUGUGUUGGGAAAUAAUGAUGUCUUUAAAACUACAUAAAAACAGGUUUAUAUGAUAGAAAUUUGCUUCAAAACACAUUUAAUUUGCUUCAGCAGAAGAAUCUCCAGGCUGUCACCACUUAAUGCAGAAGUGCCUGGUGGAUACAAGUAAAUAUGAAAUGUUUCACUUUAUGUUGGUUUUAUUCAUGCAGCCAGUGUUUUGUGGUAGUUGCAUGAAAUCCUCAGUGUUUGCCUUUUUGGAUUGCUUUUGGUAAAUGGCUGUUAACGUGUGAUUUCUUGUAGAUUCUAAUUGUAUAUUUUGUCAAGACAAAACACGAAAAAAUGAAAACUUUUGCUUUUUGCAAUGUGCUAUAUUUUUCUUAAACAUGUUGUAUUUAAUGAUCAGCACAAUACAAAAAGUUCUGGUGACACUUGAUUUAAGGCAUACAGAAUUAUUUUUAGUAGUUUCCUCUUCAAACUUUUUAUUUAAGUUUAGUUUAUGUGUGUGUCCCUAUAUUUUAAAUCAGAAUUCAGUUCUUGCAUUGUGUAACAAAAUAUAGUUAAUAAAAUACACAUAAACAUCGAGGUAAAGUCAUACUUGCAGCAGCAAAUAAUCUGGUUCAUAAAGUUUGAAGAACAUAGAAGGAGAUCAGAUAUUUGUCCAAACUUAUGUCAAUGUGUUUUGCAGGGUAAACAACACUGAGGCAGAGAAGAGUCUUGAAAUUUCCUGGUUUUGUUAUUAUAGCAAUUAUUGUUUAUAAUAUUCUUAUGGUAUCCUCUGCAUAUCAGCAGAUAUGACACACAAUACUAUAUAUUACAUUACUAGUAAUGUAUGAUGCAUGCUUUUAUUUUAUGGGAAUUUAUUAGACAGGGAGAUGCCUAAAGAGAAGACUUGCAGCAUGGAUUCACUGUCUAUGGUUUGAGUCCACCGAAAGAAAAAUUAUAAGAAUUCUACCAAUGCAGGAUCUAGACCUUUAUGCAGGCUAGACUUGUAUGGAGUCUCUAAUAAGUCAUCAGUGAUGCAAAUGGUGCUUUGUUAAAAAAUUUGGAAAGGAACAUUAAAGGAAAUGACGAAGAAAGAGGAGGCAAAAAGAUAAAGCAUGCAUGAAUAGUAUAGAUAAUGACUACUGUGUUCUUCAUGGUAACAUGUCUUUGUAGUUUCUUAGUAAUCCAGUUCAUGGUAGUUUUAAGUACUUGGAAUUAGUUACUUUGGAUUACUGGAUUACUUUUUGAUUUGUGAAGAAAUGUCAUCCCUCUGUUUCAUCAUUACCAUCCACCUACAACUAGUCAGAUCCAUGGUACAACAUAGAAGAGUCAGCUCAACAGGACAGACUCAGUUCUCAGUAACCUAGAAUGCUGUCUUGAGAACCCCACCAGGCAACUCAACCCACACUCCCACCUCGACUCAAGUCACAUUAUUUACAGAUGAUUGCAAGGUGGGGCAAAGGAUUCAUGCCUUGUUAAAGGUGAGACCUUUAACAGCUCAAACAGUUCCAGGGUGGGUCAGUAACUCUCAGGACCACCUCCAAGAGGACAACCCCACCAGGGGUUAAAUACCUGGACCUUUCUGUUAGGCUUUAGAACAAGCCUCUUGAAAGAGAGAUGAAAUGUCCUCACAAACCAAAAAAAGAUGAGCUGCGUUGUGAAGUUGUGCUGUAAAGUAACACAGCAAUCAUUUAGUCUAAGAUAUUUCUUAACAGUUUUAGUAGCAGGUAGGUACAGGUGUCCAUUCUAAGGUUUUAGCUGAGCUGCUGCUGAUUUUGUCAAACAAUUAUUUUUCCUUAAAGAGAAGCUAAAUCAGUAAAUAUUCCCACUUAAGAAGCUAUACCUGGUCAUAUUUAAAUAACAAUUUAAACAAGUGAUCAUCCUUUGAAAUAAAUGUAGAUUAAUUUAACUAAACAAACACGUUUAUUUGUGCAGAAAUGUAAGUUGUAGUUUCAAAACAAAGCUGUUGCCUUAAUGAAAGUGUUACCAAGUACCUUAAAAAGAUGUCACUAUGUUACUCAGUGUGUCAUUUAACAUCUAUGUGACUACAAAUCUUUGAGAGUCUACAAAACCAUAUACAACACACAGUGUUGGCUUGCCGAGUGAAUUCAUAUUUAAUGUUGACUGACAUGAUGCUACGAAUCAUGUCGAUUGAUCGUAUUUGUACUUAGACACCAUGAAUGUCAUGCAAAAGAUGAUUGAUAAAGGCUACCAUUGUAAGCAUUGCACUGUGUGAAUGUAACUCUUUGGAAAUUUGCAUUUUAUUUAAUAUUGCUUGUUUUUCUGUCCACCUUAAUGACAGUAACAUGGUUUAUGGGUGAUAACAUUUAAUACAUUGAAAAUUCUAGACACUUGGGCCAAACUUGUUUGCAGUUCAAAAUCAUUUGAAAUCACUGAGGUUGGCUUUAUCUAUUUCUUCCUUAAACUAAUCUGAACCAAAACCAUUCAAAAGCUUGCAAAUUGUGUAAUCAUCAUUGUUACUAAUAGCCCCAAGUGAUUCAAAGACUCUGAAAACUUUCCUGUACUUUUAAAAUCUUUGAACCCAUUAUAGUAUCUACACAAGCUCAGACCUCGAGAGCUUUGGUGCUGCAGCUUUUAGAUGCAUCCCUACUCCAACACAGCUGAAUGAAAUGGUUGAAUUACCUCUUCAGCAUGCCAAGCUUGGCAAAGGUCUGGUUACAAGCCAUUCAUUUGACUCAGGUGUGUUGGAAACAGAAUGCAUCUAAAAGCUGAAGGAGAGUAGCUCUCGAGGACUGGAGCUGGACACUCCUGAUCUAAAGCGUAUCCAAGCAGUUAGCAGUUGGUGCCUCCUUCAGUGCUGAUACCAUGUUCAUGUCAAACAGGAAUGAGCCAAGCAGUAUAGAUGUUGUGGAAGCUUUUAUUCCUUCUGAGAACAGUGGCUACUGGCCUUAUUGUAAUUUACUCAUUUUUGAGAUAGUCUAACUCAAGGCCAGUUCAUGGUUUCCAUGUUGAAGAGGGUCCACAUAGCCAGCUGUGAAGAAGUUCAUGCACAGCCCAAAUUUUGGGUCCUCAGAGGGAGACAAAUGAAUAUGUGCCAGAAAACUAACAUAAAAACCUAGUUUGUGCACCAUAUAUUUAUUCCACCGUGUAUAUUUUAUUGAUGACACUUACACGUCUUGUUUUUGGUUGCUAUUCGUGUGUGUGUGUCUGUCUCUUUUAGCAAGAUUGCACAUAAAAAACAGGUGGUGCACCAUUACACCAUCAAAAGGUUAAAAUUUGAUGUGUCGGCUUCUGCAGAUCAUGCAAAGAGUGUACUUUAUGGUAUCCAUUUAUGGCAUAUUACAUUUUAUAAUGAACUUUAAAAAUAUCCAGUCUUCACCAUAUUCACGAUAGGCGCCUUUUCCAGUGCACAUCUAAAUAACAUGUUCAGAUCUGCUUGUUUGAGUUUAGUCCACAGAAACCAUGAAUUGGUCUUUACCUUUACCUGUUUUCUUAUUUGGGACCCAAAUGUACCAACCUAUAAAACCCCAUGUUCACUAAAGGCAGUUCUCCAUUGUGGUUCAAAAACCCCAAAAGAAGAUUCCUAAAAUGUUUUCAAGCAGUCUCUCCUUCAGCACAUUUCAAAUGCGGUGUUGCCAAUAUUGUUAUUUUUAGCCUAUUGAACUCUUUUGCAGCUCAUUGUUGAUUGAUGUGGUUGGAAAUUUGUGACUGUUUUCUUUUAAAAGACAUCCAAACAUGUGACAAGGACAUUGAAAUGGAAGCACAACUUGAAUGAAAAUUUAAAAUAAAUAAAUAAACAGA